AUGCGUGAUUGGGCUCGCACAGAUGAUGCCGAGCAGCCAUUGGUUAAACUGGUACCACUUCUUUGUCCUGGGACCGCCAAUGCCACUUCUCAGGUUUCCAUCGAGCGGGUCGGAGCAAACGGGCAGGAUUCUGCAGAGCCUGCAGAUUCGAACAUCGAGCUUCCAGUCACUGGUGGCCAGCAGAUUUUCUUUCAGCAAGGCAGUUCUUCCUCUGGUUCCAAAUCCAGCUGGUCCGGCAAGGCGGAUCCUGCCAAUGUGCCGCCUGUACCAAAUUGGUUUCAGGUGUACGACAAGAGCAAGGCUCUGCCAAAGGAGUCGCCUCGUUUUGACGAGGUCUCCGCGAUGGCAACUCCACGGGAGCAGGUCGGUGGUGAAUUUCGGACCCCAGGACCCACUCCCCGAAAGGAUUUCAAGGCUCCAGGCCUGGACGAGGGCAGGCGCGAAGGUGAGAUGCACUACGAGGGCACCUACCUUGGAACCAUGAAGCACGGUCGAGGGCGCUUGAGAAUGCCCAACUACGUUUACGAGGGCGAGUUUCAAAACGAUCUGAAACACGGGAUUGGUAUCCUCUCGUGGGAUGAUGGCCGCCGAUACGAAGGGGGGUUCCAGCAGGGGCAGUUCCAUGGUGCAGCGGUCAUGCAAUGGCCGGAUGGUCGCCGAUACAUCGGACAGUAUUCAGAGGACAGAAAGCAUGGGGAAGGUACCUUCUCGUGGCAGGAUGGCCGAAGAUACGAAGGACAGUGGGUAGCCGGCAAGCGGCAUGGCAUUGGAACCUACACCAACGCCAAGGGUUUCACGCGUCGUGGCACCUGGCAGCUGGACAGACCCAUCAAGUGGGAGGAGCCGACGGAGCCAUCUUCGGUCAACCCAACUGGCAAACUUCUGGCGCAAAGCCCUUCGCAGCAGCCAGAGAUCCUGCCAGCCGACGAAGAGGUCAUCGAGGUGAGCACUCUCUGA